AGUCAUCAGCGGAUCCCUACUCACAAAACGCUCAACGAUGCGGGCGAUGAAACGGGGUCAAAAAUGCAUAAAGCGUUAUUCAGGGACACGCUAGGGAUUUAUGAGAUACUUAUGAUGCUUUUGUAACUUGAUAAACAGUUUAAAUAAACAAACGGACCAAAACGGGAUUCAUCCAAACACCGAAACCACAGUUUCUGGAUAUUCUUUUCCGUGAGCAGGCUACGUUAACCGACACCCGAGUUCUACAGCCUUGACGCUGUGGAAUACGACUAGGAUGACUGCUUGAUUUCCCUUUCCCAACGCGACUACCUCCACACCGGAUCUUUUCUUUCCCUUCCACACGGCCUGUCUGCGGACUCGCUAUGGUGGAUUCGAAUGCUACGAGGAAGACUUUUGUGGUCCCGGACAUAAAACCAGUGGAUCAGUAUGAUUUCACCAGAGCCAAAAUAUGCGCUAGUGUGGGCUGGCUCUUUGCUAAAUCCUACGGCAAUGCAGAGAACGUUCCCGUGGAGCUGCGGGACCCCUUCUACUGCGACCAGUACGAGCAGGAGCACCUGAAGCCCCCGGUCACCAGACUCCUGCUCUCCUCCGAGCUCUACUGCCGCGCCUACAGCCUCCUGCUGGGACAGGGCCAGGGGCAGGCGGGGACCCCCGGGGCUGAGGGGACCCCCAAAGACAACGGGGCCCUCCUGCACAUCCUCCGUAAACGCGGGCUGGCCCCCAAGGAUCAGAACGCCCCAGUCACAGAUGAAGACCUCAGACACAAGCCCAUCAAAAUGAGUGCCCACUUGGCACUGAUGGACGCGCUGAUGGCGGUGGGUGCCAUGGAGACGGUGAGCACUGCACGGACGAGAGGAGCGGAGCUGCUGGAGGCAGGAGGAGGAGGAGGA